AUGCCCCCUCUAUCAUCAGGACCGGCGCCGCAACCAUCCGCAUCUUUGAAGCCAAGCUCUCGAAGUAGACUGCCGAAAUUCAAACCACGGUAUGUCAUGAGCGGGCAUACCAUGUCAAUAUCCUCCAUCAAGUUCAAUCCAGAUGGCAAUGUGCUCGCGUCUGCUGCCUCCGACAAGCUCAUCAAGCUAUGGGACACCGAUUCGGGAGAGAUCCUGAAGACCCUCAUGGGGCACACAGAGGGUAUCUCGGAUAUCGCAUGGUCGAACGAUGGAGAAUAUUUGGCUUCUGCGUCGGAUGACAAGACUAUUCGAAUAUGGAGUAUGGAGACGGGAACGGAGGUCAAGGUUCUUUAUGGACACACGAAUUUUGUGUUCUGCGUGAACUACAAUCCCAAGUCCAACCUACUUGUUUCAGGCGGGUUUGAUGAGACAGUGCGUGUCUGGGAUGUCGCAAGAGGCAAAUCGCUGAAAGUUCUGCCUGCACAUUCUGACCCUGUCACUGCCGUCGCCUUCAAUCAUGACGGUACCCUUAUUGUUUCCUGCGCUAUGGACGGUCUAAUUCGUAUAUGGGAUGCUGACUCUGGCCAGUGUCUGAAAACAUUAGUCGAUGACGACAAUCCCAUCUGCUCUCACGUCCAAUUCUCCCCCAAUUCCAAAUUCCUUCUCGUCUCCACCCAAGAUUCGACUAUCCGUCUGUGGAAUUAUCAAGCGUCGCGCUGCGUCAAGACCUACACCUCCCACACGAAUAGAACAUAUUGUCUGCCUGCGUGUUUCAUCGUGGCGGACGGCGGGCUGUACGUGAUGAGUGGGAGCGAGGACGCUAAAGUGUAUAUUUGGGAUUUACAGUCAAGAGAGGUCAUGCAGGCGCUCGAAGGACAUCGCGAUACGGUGAUCGCUGUAGCGGCACAUCCUACGCGAAGGAUUGUAGCCUCAGCAUCUAUGGAGAAGGAUCUCACUAUACGGCUAUGGUUCGACGAUGGAGACUGA